AUGGAUUUGUUACAUCACCGCGUAAAUCUCCUGCGAGUAUCCCCCAUAUCAACGAGAAUCUUCAACCAACAUCCAUCAUUGAAACUAAAGAAAUGCCUCCGAAUGUCUCAUCAUCACUGGCGAAGUCGUCCAGAAAGUGGCAUACGACAUGGAGCUAGAGUAGCAGUGAUACGAGAAAGAAGACUGAACCGGCAGCGAGCGAGGCAACACACGGAGAAUCUACGACGUCUUGAAGAACAACGAAUCAACUCUGUCGACAGCGAAGAGGAAGUCAUUACAAGUCAUCACUUUGAUCAUUCGUUUAUGAACGACAGAUUGCUCGGCCUCGGCCAUGACGAACUGUUCCCAGGAAGAGUUAAGGAUCUCAAAGAAACUGAGUUCUUCAAGAGUCUCGGUUCGACUGAGAAAGAGAGAUGCGAGUAUCUAAAAGACCUUACUCGUGAGCGUCGAGAGUGGAGACCCAUCUACUUCAAAUGUCUACAACUAGCAUUGCGCGACGUGAGAGCCUACAAGUAUGACACGGCCACAAAAAAAUGGAUAAAACACAACCGACAAUCGAAAAGAUCGGGCGCUGAUCUGGAAGAGGGAGAUGCCCCACCUACCAGAAGGAAAACGGACAAAAAUGAUUAUUACGAGGCUGAAACAUUGUGA